CCUCUCUUUAGGAUUAUUCUCCAUUCCUCUCUAGUCUUUGCUAACAUUAUUUCUCAAAGAAACAAAAUGCAAUUUUUAAGGAAACCCAAAAUUCCCAGUUUGAGUUUCUUCAUCCUUCUUCUCUUUGCCUCUUCUCUACUGAUCUUCUUCUUCCCCUUGAUCGAAUCCACGGAUGUGGAGGAUCCGGUUCCAACGCCAUGGCCAUUGCAAUUCCACUCGAUCGUCUUCAUUAAUACCUCAGAAGGGAAGCUACAAAAGGUGGAUCUCUGGUAUGACUGGCCUAAUGGCAGGAACUUCAACAUAAUCCAGUUCCAGCUGGGGAAGCUGUACUAUGACUUGGAAUGGGAUAAUGGGACUUCCUUUGUCUAUACUCUGGACCAGGACCAGGAGUGUGAGGUGUUGCUUUUCCCAGUGGGAAUUCUCAGACCCAAUUGGCUUGAUGGGGCUAACUAUCUUGGCCAGAAAUACAUGGAUGGGUUUCUGUGUAAUGUUUGGGAAAAAGUUGACUUCAUUUGGUACUAUGAGGAUGUUGCCACCAAAAGACCUGUUUAUUGGGCUUUCUACACGGGAAUGAUUACUCAUGUUAUGACAUUUGAAGUGGGAAAAGUGCUUGAGGACCCUGCUUGGCAAGCCCCUGUUUACUGCUUCAAGGAGAACACUACACUUCAAUAUAUGGCGGCUAGCCCUAAUUCUGAUGGCAGAUUCUUGACAGGAGCUAUGGAUGCUCCUAAGUUUCUCUAGUUGUAUUGCCCUUUUUUUUUUGUCUUGUAUUAGUGAAUUGUGAAAGUAUUAUUUCUAGUGUUUCUUUUGCUUUGCUUUGCUAUUUCUUUCCCCUGAUAUUCUUCCUAAGACCUAAUUUUCUAGUUGUGUUUUGACUUUAUCUUAAUGUUGACGUUGAGGUUGCUUUUGUUUUUUCUCGAA